UAUCAGUUUUCAAAUGUUACGGUCUCUAAUUUCAGUUUUGGGUAUUUAAAUUAUUAGUAGCUGCAUUCACUGGAGCAGAUUGGUCUGUGAGAUUUGAUGGGGAGCUUCGUUCCUACAUUUAUUUGCGAUCAUCUAUUUCAGACUUCUAACUUGGCGACAACUCUGAAAAGAAGUAUCAAGAUUGAAGCAUGACAGAUAAGGUCCUGGUGAUUGGGAGCGGGGGACGGGAGCACUGUCUGGCAUGGAAGCUAGCCCAGUCAUCGCAAGUAGCCCAGGUCCUGGUUGCCCCAGGCAAUGCUGGAACAGCCAACAGUGAGAAAAUUACAAACAUGGGACCAGAUGUGCCCAUCGGUAACUACCCCACCCUGGCUUCCUGGUGUAAGGAGAACGGUAUCAGUCUGGUGGUGGUAGGACCAGAAGCGCCCCUUGCUGGAGGUAUUGCAGACUGCCUCGCAGAGGCAGGCAUCCCAUGCUUCGGCCCCACGAAGGCAGCGGCCGAGAUCGAAUCGAGCAAGGUCUUUGCCAAGAGCUUCAUGGAUCAUUGCAAGAUCCCGACGGCGAGGUGGGGCAGUUUCACGGAGGUGGAUGCAGCUUGUAAACACAUCAAUACUGCUCCCUACAAAGCUUUGGUAGUGAAGGCUAAUGGUUUGGCAGCAGGGAAAGGAGUAGUAGUAGCUUCCAAUCCAGAAGAAGCUUGCCAAGCUGUCAGGGACAUUAUACAGGAUAAACUAUUUGGUGCUGCAGGAGAAAGUGUUAUCAUAGAAGAGCUACUUGAAGGAGAAGAAUUUUCAGUCCUGGCAUUUUGUGACGGGAGCCAUUUUGAAGCCAUGCUGCCGGCCCAGGAUCACAAGCGGGUCCGUGAAGGGGACCAAGGUCCGAAUACAGGUGGGAUGGGAGCAUACUGCCCUUGCCCUCAGGUGUCCAGGCAAGUUCUGCAGCAGAUUAAUGAAGAAAUCCUCCAGAGGGCAGUAGGUGGGAUGAAGGAACAGGGAAGGCCAUACAAAGGAGUGCUGUAUGCCGGUCUAAUGAUCACCAAAGAUGGCCCCCGGGUUCUGGAGUUCAACUGUCGCUUCGGAGAUCCCGAAACCCAGGUGGUAUUGCCGUUGUUGAAGAGCGACCUCUAUGCUACCAUGAAGGCGUGUGUCGCGGGAGACCUGCCCAGUGCCAAGCCGAGUUUCCACGAUGACCGUUGCUGCGUGGCGAUUGUUCUGGCCAGUGGAGGAUAUCCGGCGUCGUACAAGAAAGGCUAUGAGAUCACAGGAUUGGACGAGGUAUCAAGCCAAACUGAUAUGAUGGUCAUCCAUGCUGGCACUGCCCUCAAGGAUGGGAAGGUCGUGACCUCAGGUGGGCGUGUCCUAGCAGUGGUAUCCUCGGCAACGGAUCUUUUGACAGCAGCUGCCAUGGCUAAUGAAGGGGCGAAGAGGGUCAAGUUUGAUGGGGGCUUUUACAGAACGGAUAUAGCGAGGAGAGCGUGCAACUUCCUAGCUCAAAACAGAUCACCAGGCCUAACGUACAGUGGCAGUGGGGUCGACAUUACUGCUGGUGAUUCUUUGGUCCAGGCCAUCAAGCCUCUAGCCAAGGCCACGGCCAGGGCGGGAUGUGAUGCUGCCCUCGGGGGGUUCGGAGGCCUCUUUGACGUGAGGGCGGCUGGCUACAAGGACCCUAUCCUUGUGUCGGGUACAGACGGUGUGGGGACGAAAUUGAAGAUUGCUCAGGCCUGCAACCUUCACCAAACCAUAGGCCAAGACCUAGUAGCCAUGUGCGUGAAUGACAUCCUAGCCCACGGCGCAGAGUCUCUCUUCUUCCUGGACUACUUCUCGUGCGGCAAGCUAGAGGUGGGUGUGGCCAGGGACGUGGUUGGAGGCGUGGCCGAGGGAUGCAAGAUGGCCGGCUGUGCCCUGCUGGGAGGCGAAACUGCAGAGAUGCCAGGGAUGUACGCCCCUAACGAGUACGACCUGGCGGGGUUCACUGUGGGGGCGGUAGAGAGGGGUCACAUGCUCCCGAGGACGGACGAGAUCCAAGUGGGGGAUGUUGUCCUGGGCGUGGCAUCAUCAGGUAUCCAUAGCAACGGGUACAGUCUAGUGAGGAGGUUGGUUGAGCAGGAGGGACUGGACUUCAGGGACCCGUGCCCCUUCAAAGAGGGAGCCAUAUUAGGUGAAGCUCUCCUGACCCCAACCAGAAUCUACUCCAAGACCCUGCUCCCGGCCGUCCGGUCCGGCCACGUCAAGGCCUUCGCCCACAUCACCGGAGGGGGCCUCCUGGAGAACAUCCCCAGGAUAAUGCCCAGGUCCAUGGCCGUCCAAUUAGAUGCCUCCAAAUGGGAGAUUCCAUCCGUGUUUGGGUGGAUCUCACAUCACGGAGGGGUGGAGGAGCUGGAGAUGGCUAGGACGUUUAACUGCGGGAUCGGGGGCGUGCUGGUGGUGAGAGCGGAAGAUGAGGGCGCUGUUUUAGAGAUGGUGCGGCUGAACGGAGAGAAGGCCUGGAGGGUAGGGCAGGUGGUGCCCAAAUGUGGAGAUGGAGCAGCGGUAUCAAUAACCAACCUUUCCUCCUCCCUGGCUCGGUGUUACUCCCCUGCUAUGAAUGGUGUCCAGGAGGGUGGAGAAGAGAAGAAGAUGAGAGUAGCUGUCCUCAUCUCUGGAACAGGAACCAAUCUACAGGCUCUCAUCAAUCACACCAAGGAUCCUAACAAGAAUUCCAAGGCAGAGAUAUGUCUAGUGAUAUCAAAUAUUCCUGAUGUAUUGGGGCUAGAGAGGGCACAAAAAGCUGGUAUUCCAACCAAAGUUAUUAGUCACAAGGGACUUAGCAGACAAGACUUUGACAUGAAAAUCCAUGAAGUGCUCCAAGCAGCUAACAUAGAAUUCAUCUGCCUAGCCGGUUUCAUGCGUAUUCUCAGCGGUGAGUUUGUCAGCCGAUGGCGCGGUCGACUCAUCAAUGUUCAUCCUUCGCUCUUGCCAUCCUUCAAGGGAAUGAAUGCUCAUAAAUUGGUCUUAGAGGCUGGAGUGAGACUAUCAGGAUGCUCGGUUCAUUAUGUAGUGGAAGAGGUGGAUGCUGGAGCCAUCCUAGUUCAGGAGUCCAUCCCAGUGUUGCCAAGGGAUACAGAGUCCACUCUCCAAGAGCGUGUGAAGACGGCCGAACACGUCGCCUACCCCCGCGCUCUGGAGCUGAUCGCUAGGGGUCAGGCCUCGCUGGGGUCAGAGGGCAAAGUUGAAUGGAAGAUGGACUCGUAGCAUGACAUAAUUAUAUAAUAUGGACUGGCCUUGAGGGAGAUACCACAUAAUAUUUCCCAAACUAGACUCGUAUUGCCCCGAGUCAAAGACAAGGGCAAUAUGGUUCUUGUGAGGGAAAUAUAUGAGGUAUCUCUCGAAAGUUAAGCCAGUCAAUAUUGUUAUUAUUUUCUAAAUCAGACAUCUAGAGCAAAUACAUACAUGACAAUCUCAUAGAACUGAACAAGCUUUGUCAAACCAGCACUGUGCAUCCAGCUGCUUGACAAAAUUUUCGAUACACUGCAAACAGUGUACCCAAUUAGGUGUGAUUAUUACGUCACAAUAGAGUACGCGCAAAGUGCGCAGUUCUCGUACGCAUAAUAGAUGCGCAAUGAAAAUGACCAACUUCGGCGCAGUGAAUAUGGUCUUAUAUUUCAUGCUUUUUUAACACGUAAUGUCCAUAGGCUUUUUCAUGAAAGGUAAAUAUGGUCUCAUAUUCCCCGAUUAGCCCUUUUAGGAUUACCAGCAAGUGUAAUAUGAUUUUGUAAAACCACUGCUCAGAUGUCUGAUAUGGGUAAUAAUUAUGCGUAUACAGUGAAACCUGUAUGUAAAGACUGCUUUAUAUGGGAGACACGAAAUUGGUCUUUGCAGGCAGUUGAUCUUUAUGUACAAACGUUCCUUUAGUACAUGUUUCAAUGACAAAACACUGUUUAAGGGAAACUGAAAAUGUGGUCUUUGUGGACAGGUGGUCUUUCUAAACAGGUGAUCGCUAAAGCAGGUUUCACAGUACUUUGUAUACACACAGCCUUUUUGUUAAUCAAGUAAUAAAAAUAUAUCUGUAAUUUUGAUGAUAAGAGAGUUUCUUCCAAUCAUUCCAAUGAGUGAAAAAGAUAUCUGAAAAAAUGUGAAUAAGGUUCUUGAGACCCCAAUUAGGUGUACUUGAGUUGAUAAUGUAUAAAUAUAUGAAAUAUGGAAAGUUACCAUUAUUUGCACACAAAGUGUGCUCAUUUUGUAUGUAUUGCCAGCUGAAUUUAGUUAUAGGUCGUUUCUUUUCAUAUUUUGGACAGUAAACUGAAAUACAUUAAACAGAGGGAGACAGACACUAUUUAUUAGGGAAUCUGAUGACACACAAAUUGGAAAGUUGCACGUUUGCUCAUUCCCAGUACAUGCAUUCUCUAUCACUCUCUCUCUGCCCACCCGUUUGACAAUUUGCCUUUGCUGGGAGAUUUUGCGUAAACUCCCUUUUUCUUUUGAAAGGAUUUGUUUUCCUUCCAUUUGUUAAUGUACAUAAUCGUUACCUUUGCACUUAGCUAUGUCGAAGGAGAAAAUCAAAAUGUGUUGUGUAUGUCAUAGUGUUCAAAACACAGUAUUUGUUAUAUUUUUGUUAUGAUGCAAAAGAGCAAUAUCUUUUUUUGCUUGGGGGGG